UUUUUAUUAAAAACUUUAUCGAACGACCCCUAUACAUACUACGUGUACUAUUCCCUUCAUUUGCAUCAUCUACUCUAAAAGAUUCAAUAAGCUUCUGUUUUCUGAAACUCUUUACUCAAAAGAAAGAAAGAUGGUGAGUUUCGUUGCUCGCACAGGGAGACAUUUGCAGAGGUACAACAGAGGUCGAAGACUUGUUGUAGGGUGCAUUCCCUAUAGACACAAGACUGGUAACAAUGGAGGCACAGAUGAUGAGUUAGAGGUUCUUGUGAUCAGUUCUAAAAAAAGCCGAGCAAUGAUGUUUCCUAAGGGAGGCUGGGAACUUGAUGAAUCUGUUGAAGAAGCUGCUUGUCGUGAGUCAUUGGAGGAAGCCGGAGUUGUUGGCACUGUUGAGAGUCAAUUAGGUACAUGGAUAUUCAAGAGCAAUAGUCGGGAGCUUUAUCAUGAAGGUCUUAUGUUUCCUUUACUAGUGACAGAACAACUUGAUCUAUGGCCGGAAAAAGGUGCACGGUUAAGAGAAUGGAUGACAGUUGCUAGAGCUAGAGAGGUAUGCAAGCAGCUGUGGAUGAAUGAAGCCUUAGACAUAUUAGUUAACAGACUAAAAUUGGAGGAAAAAGAUGUUCUGGCCAUAUAGACAUAAAUUACAUAAAUAAUGUAUUUAUUCUCCUUAUUUUCCCCUCACUUUCCUUUGUGUAUAAAUUUUAUUUUAACGUCAUUAAAAGUCCACGGUGAUAAGAUUGGGAAAAAUCAA